CAACGGUCAACAGCCAGCCGAGGGAUCCGAGGAGGAGCGGGGCGGGGCCCAGCACGCGCCGGACGUGACAAAACCGCGCCGAGCUGCAAUCACUGACGAGCCACGCCCACACUCUUUCUGCCCUCCACUCCCAGCUCACUCCUGAUCCCCACCCCCAACCUCGGUUCCGCCAUGGCCUACGGCGGCGGGAAGUCGGCCGUGGACGCCAUCCUCGCGGAGGCGGCCGACCUCGUUGCGCUGGAGCAGAUCGCGAGGCUCAACACGGCGCACCUCGACGACUCGGCGGCGCUGCCCUCCAGCCUCGAGUCCCGCUUCCGCAAGCUCAAGUCCCUCCCCGCCGCCGCCCCCUUGCCCCCGCCCGCCAAGACCCUGGGCCGCAGCGUCACCGCGCCGCCGCAGCACCGGGACGAUCCCGCCGCCGACUCGUCUCCCCAAGCAAACCCUCCCGCGCCUGCGCUGGAGGCAUCCCGGAAAGACGACCAGACCUCUCCGCCGCAGCCUCAUCCCCACCCUCCGAACCCGACCGUCCCCGCCGUUCCAGAGGAAGACGAGGACGAGGACGAGGACCUGGAGCGGCUCUUCGGGCCACGGCGCGGCCGGCCGACGCUGAAGGAGCGGAGCCGGCGGGCGGACUCCUCCUCCUCCCGGUCUCCCCCACCGCCGCGCCAGGCGUGCUGCUUCCCCUUCUCGCCCAAGAAGGCCCUGCAGAGGACCCCUGCCACCAGGAGCAGCAAGAAGAAGACCCACGCCGAAGGGUACACCGGCGACGUCCUCGGCGUCGACGCCGGCGAGUGGGGCGACGAGAACAGGCGGAUGGUCACGGAGCUCAAGGAGCAGCAGCGCAAGAUGAAGAAGGCGCUGGAAGAGCAGGUCAAGGUGAGCAGGGAGACGGCCAAGAUGGCGCGCUGGGUCAAGCAGGCCUCCGCGCGCAUGACGCACACCGAUGCCAUUGACGACCUGCUCAGCGAUCUCGACGACGAUGACGACCUCAAGUGAACGGAAAUUCUGCUGCUUUGCUCGGCGUCUUCCGGAGCUGCUGCUUUGGACAUUCUUAGGUUACAAUGCAUAGUAGUAGUUAUAAGAGUUAAACUUCAGACAAAAGGGUAUAAAUUCUGCUGUUUUUUCGUAUUAUAUGAGCUGGACGAACAGAAAUAGAUGUAUGAAGCUACACUGUCA